AUGAACGUGAAUUGGAUCACACACCUCCAAAAUCUGCUAGACAAGAAAGGUAGCCAUGAAAUCAGCGACCACGGGAAAGUGAGGAAGACGGAAAGCAAGGUAAACAAGCAGCAUGGUAGCCAGCAGGGGUGUAGGCCCCCCUUGAGUAGGCAACAUGGGGGAGGAGACCAUUUGGGGAGCACCCCGCAGGGCAACUACCAACAGUUAAACGCGUAUUGUAUAAAUAGAGCCAUCGUAGAAAACUACGAAAGGGAAAACAUAAAGGAGUUAUAUCCGUGGCAGGCAGAAUGUCUAAAUCAGCUAAAAACGGUUAAAUGGAAUGAAGGGGAAAGUUUCAUUUUCGUGGCUCCAACGUCAGGUGGUAAAACGCUUGUUGCUGAAAUUUUUGCCUUCGAGCAGAUGCACAGAACGGAAAAGACUUUUUUUUUAUUUCCGCUAAAUUCGCUAAUAAAUGAGAAGAUGAGUUAUUUCCAGAAGCUGUGCAGCGGGACGAACAUAAAAGUGGGUAGUGCGUUUUCGGAAAAUGACAUCGUGUUGUGUACCUACGAGAGGAUGAACAAUUUUCUGAACAGGAAUUAUUUGGAGGGUCAACAGGAGGGGGCGGACAGUCAGACGGAUCAUCAGAUGGAUCAUCAGAUGGAUCGUCAGAUUGAUCGUCAGAUGGGUGUAGACAAAUGGUCACCCCAAGGGGUUAGUAGCACCCCGGGGAAACACUCCCCCCAGAACUACAUCGUCGUGAUAGACGAGUUCCACCUGAUCAGCGAAAAGGGAAGAGGAAUAUACAUCGAGAAUAUUAUUUCAAAAAUUUUGUUCCUGAAUAGAAAGCAAGCAAAGAUAAAGGUCAUUUGCAUGAGUGGCACUAUUAAUAAUUUCCCCACGUUGAAAAAAUGGAUGAACGCGAAAAUAUAUGUUUCGCCUUAUAGACGUCCCCAGGAGAUAACAGAGCAUUACAUUUGCAACUGUGGUGUGUAUCGAAAGGAGAAGGAAGGGUGUCCCUUUUCCUACCUCUGCAAUGUGCAUGAUUUUUAUGAAACCUGGGAGGAUAAGUCUAAUGAAGGGAAGUUACGAUGCGUGUACAAUGUAGGAAAUGUUGGCAACUUCAAGAGGUGCAACCUGAGCGAAGAUGUAACUACGUUCUACCAAAAUACGAGAAAUAACAUUGCUCAUUUUCUGAAGGUGAGGAACCUCUCCCUGAACAACAACCUGAUCAAUUCGCUUCUCUUUUUCUCCCUACACAGUCGAGUGAAUAAGUUGAACACCCUUAUCUUCUGCUCGACGAGGAAGAAUUGCGAAGUUUAUGUGAGGUUGAUUAAUCAGUACUUUAGUGCCUUCCCUGUGGAUGAUACACCGAGGGAAGUGCAACUGGAAAGGGAUAAACUGAAUGAAAAAAUUCGCCAACUGGAUGAAUACGCAUACAGUAGCAUGAGCAGGUUGGUGUCUAACGGGAUCUGCUACUACUACAGCGACAUUGCAAAUUCUAUUAAGCGGUUAAUUGAGGUGGCCUACAAGGAGAAGACGCUCUUCCUGCUCACCUGCACGUCGACUCUCUCCGUUGGGUUGAACCUGUUUGUGGAUCGGGUUCUAAUAUCGUCCCCCUUCAUCGCGCAGAAUUUUCUAAGCGUGACACAGUAUAAGCAGAUGAUCGGCAGGGCGGCGAGGCAGAACAAGGGGGACUCCUUCCUCCUCGUGGAAAAGAAGCAUGAAAAAAAGAUUCUCGAAAUAUUUCAGGAGAACUGCACGAACAUUACCAGCACCAUGAACAUAAACGAUGGGGCUUCACUCGACGCAAUGGAAAAGUACAUAGUUGAGUUUCUCUGUCUGCUGGAUGAACGCCCCGUGUCUGUGAGGGAUGUGGUUGCCAUGCUGUCUUUCUCGCUCUGCUUUGCCGAGGUGGCCCUCUCGAGGGCGGUGCCGCCGAAGGAAUUUCCGCCGAAGGAAUUUCCGCCGAAGGCUUCUUCCCCCCGUCAGUCGGUUGGUCAAUCGGUUGGUCAGUCGGCUCGACAAUCUGCUGGGAAUACCCCCCAGAAUGAGCUUCUCCGCUCCACAAACGCGGAGGUGGAGAGUUGUUUCCCCCUCGAAGUGGACGAAGAAAACUUCACCCCCUAUGAACGCAUCUUUUACGAAGCGAAGAAGGAGCAAAUACACGGCGUCAUAAAUGUGCUCAUCCGUCACAAGUGCAUUCAGGUGGAAAAGAACGGAAGGAAAUUCCGCCCCACCAAAUUUUUAAAAUCUCUCUGUAUAAGCAAUUUCAGUGUAUCCAUCGGGUAUGAAUUGUUAUCUGAAGUGAAGAAGUAUGACCGGUUGUACCUUUUCAAUUACAGCUUUCAUCUGUGCUAUAUUUGCUCCCCACAUAAUUUGAAUAUAGCUUCUUUUUCCUACUACCUCCCUUUUUUGAAAAAUCUCAUCACCAUGAUGUGUUCAGACAAUUAUACAAAACAUAUCAUUUUUCACGUUCUACAAUUUGACAGUGAUAUUAUUAAUAUGCUCUCUUUGAAAAAUCAGAAUAAUUUUUUUUUGGGAAAAAAGAAGAAGAAAUUUUUUGACGAUGAUAAAUUGGAGAGGAAACACAACAAGUUGUAUUUGUCCAUUUUUCUCUUCCUCUACAUGAAGGGGACAACGUGUUCCGUUCUAUGCUCCCUUUUUAGAAUAACGAAGGAUGUGUUUCAGACCGUUUUGCAACACAUAUACAUGUACAUGCAUAUUUUAAUUUCCUUUUUUGACCGACUGGAUGAGUGGAUCAUCUCCAGUUUUUUGAGGAAGUUUCUUGAAAACUUUAAGGAGUGUAAAGUCACUUUGGAGGAGGACAGAACCGCGCACGAGGGGAAAUUCAGGCGGGUCAAGCGCAAGAACGAGGCGUAG